CUGAACCUCGGGGAGUUCCCUCACGCAGCAUCCCAACCCAUGGGGAAAGUUCCCAACUGCAGACCUGCUGCUCCAAAGAGGACUGACUCAAUUUGUCCUCCGACAGGAUCCCGUUUAUCCGCUAGUCGAAUCUGGUCUGUGGUCAAAAAUACGGUCAUGUUUGUCCUCGCUGGCACAGGGCUUUGGCUUUUGGCCAAAGUGUGGAUCUAACAAUAGCCAGUUGUGCAACCCUGUUGUGACUGAAAUCAGCAGAUGUUGUAGUUACCCGUCCACAGAUUUGCCAGAACUAACAAGUGUUUUUAUAUUUCACCAAAGUUAACAAAACGCUGUGGCUCAAGAGUCUUGCCAUCAGGGUGGGCACAACUGCCACAGUGCCUGGCAGCACCUGCACCAGGAGAUGUGUUGGACCAGCAGCGGGCUCGGGAAAGGGGGGAGAGGGUCCCCCCUUGCACGAUGCUGUGUGCCCUGGGGGUGCAGAGCCCCCUCCUUUGCACAGUUGCUUUGUGUUCUAGGGGUGCAGGCUCCCCCAUCUUGCAUGGUGGGGACAGGGCAGGAACAGAGGCUGCCCUCAGAGGCUGGUGAGGUGCAGAGUUUGCAGGUUUUGCAUCAAAUUCUGCUUUAAAACGGGCUUGCUGAGGGCUCUUAGAUAACAGGAGGAAUUUGGCUGGCCCUGGUUAUCAGAGGGUGCUUUGAGAAGUGCUGCCUGGGUCUUGUGCAGCCUCCAGGAAGUGAGGGGGAAGGUCUGUUGACCCCGCUUGUGCUUCCCCUGCUAGUGAGUGUUUAUCUUCAGCUGCUGAAAUCAGUGUAAGGAGACGCUCUGCAAACAGGAGUAAAAGCUCUCGGAGGGAAUCGCAGCUUGGCUUUCAAGGAAGGGAAAUCCAAGUGCUCUGGAGGGCUCCAGGGAGAGCUCCCGGGCUUGGGGUGGGGAGGAAUUAGCACCUUGCUGUUGGUUUGUGUUCAGCAAAAGCAGGGGGUGGGGGAGAUCCGGCAGGGGUGAGGGGCUGCAGGGAGCUGGGGUGCAGGAGUCUCUGCGAUGCUCCUCGGCGCUUCAUCUCUCCAAGCGGGCGAGCUGCUUUCCAGGGCUACCCGGGACUGAUCUGCCCAGCUGGAUGCUGAGGCCUUGGGGGCCUUCUCCUUCCUGGGACUGGGGUCAGGACGAGCUUUUGGCAAGAUGUUCUCACAGAUGGGCUACAGGAGGGGCUUCCCCAGGGAGCCCAAUCCGUGGCCGGGUGGACGUGCUCGCGGUCCCCGGGACGUCUGGUACCGGCCGCCCGUGGAGAACCAGAGGAGAGGCUGGGGCCACCAGCACCAGCGUGGUUCCUGGGGCCCCAGACCCUUUCCUGGCCCUGACAACUUCCAUGAGAAUGAGGAGGAUGGAAGAUGGGGAACUGGUGAGGACAGGAGACGGGCAUCCUACAACUGUCCCCCGCAGUCCCCCUGGAACAACAGAGAAGGUGACCAAGGACCUGAGGACUUCAAAGAGAAUGAGGACUGGGACUCGUCUGGUCCCUGGGACCCCAGACCCUUCCCUGGCCCUGACAACUUCCAUGGUUAUGAGGAGGAUGAAGGAUGGGAAGCCGAGGAGGACUGGAGAUGUGAAACCAACAAGUACAGGGAAUGGGGGCCCGAUGACGAGGGGGAAUGGGGAACCAACGAGGACUGGAGAUGGAGACCUGACAACUGUCCCCGGCCAUCUUCUUGGGAUGACGGAGGCUGCCAAGGACCUGAGGACUUUUUUGAAAAUGACUGGAACCCGGAGCAGCAGCAACCCGGCCGCAAUGACUCUGCCUGGUUUGAAUUCCCCAGUGAGGAGCAGCACCCAUGCUGGGCCCCCGCCAACUUGCUGAGGGGGAGAGGCAACUUCCGGAGGAGCUACAUGGCCUGGCAGUGUCAUGGCCUGAGUGGGAAACGCUGGCAACAGCUUCACCAUGGAUACCAAGAGUUAACCUUUGUCCAGCACUUCACAUACCCCUGGGACUCCAGAGGGAAUCCGUCACACUCCAGGGCCUUUCCUUCCCACUCUGGGAGGAAGCAGUCGGUGCUGAAAGAAAUGCUGCGGCCCCCUAAUCCUCCCCGACCACAUACUGCCUCCAAAGACGGUGCAGAGAGCACGAAGCAGAUGGCUCAGGUUGCUGUGAGCACAAAGGCCCUGGAGCCCCCCAAACCAGCUGCCCCCCGUCAGGAGAGCACGGCUGCAGAUCCCCAGGCUGCGACAGAGGCUGCAGAGCCAGAGCAGGCAGCAGGAGCGACGCCCGUAGGAGAGCAGGUGGAGCCAGGAGUGGGCAGCCACAGCCAGAGCCCCUCUGCUUCGGAAAUGGAGCCAGCCACACUGGAGGAGAGCUCUGCCAGCACGGGGGAACACCUUGAGGUAGAGCCGCUCAGCCAAAGUGUCCCCGAGGCUGAUGAGGGCAGUGGGUCACAUCCCCAGGGGCCAGCAGCCCCCCCCAAGCCUGCUGAGAAGGUCUGCGUGGUGGUCGGCUCCGCUGGAGAGGUUGGUGCUGAGCUCUGCCCCUGUUCCCGGGGCCAGCAGCGUCUGCUGAGUGGAGCUGGAGAGGCUGAGACAGAAGCUGCCCGAGAUGGGCUUCUCGGUGACCUUCAGCCACCCGAAAACUUGCAGGUCCUGCCAGUAGCUACCCCAGAUCCCGAUGCACAGCCCAGCAAGGCUUGUUCUGAUACCUGCACCACACCAGAGACCUCACCGGGGACCCAGCACCCUCCUGGGUCUGGUGAGACAGAGCCGGCCGCAGGCAGCCAGCAAGGGCUCCCAAAACGCCCCCCAGCCAGCACCGACCUCCGCUCCGCCGCCAUCCUCGCCAGGAAGGAGGAGAUCGAGCUGUUGUACCAGAAGUUCAGCCUGACCAUCGCGGUGGUGGCCACAAUGCUGCUGCAGAAGGAGCCCUCCAUGGAGGCGGCGCUGGGGCUGGCGCUGAGGGCCAACCUCCGCCAAGGCCGCAUCCGUCUCCUCCAGGAGCUGGAGGACUUCAUCAACAGCUACGACUCGGCCACCUUCAGGCCCUGAGGGGGGGCUGGGGCGAGUGGAUGGACACCCCCUCUCACCAGCUGGGGUUGGGAAGGUGAGGGGGGGGGCCCAUGAGAGCGCAUCAGGGUGCUUGUGAUGGUGCUGAGCCCUCGGUCAAGGUGGUGCAGACAUGUUGGUGCAGUCCCACCAUCUCUCUUGGAGGCGGGGGGUGCUUAGUUUUAGCCCUGCCCAGACCUGUAUGUGCAGUAAAAGGGGGGAGCUGGUUUUACUGGAGAGUGGUGGGAGGGGGAGCCCCAGAUCCUCACUCCCUCCAUUCCUGGCUCAUAGUAGGGAUGUUCCCCGAAACCCUGGUGGUCUUUCUUGGUUGUAAAUUUAAAAAUAAACCAGCUGUGAU